UUCCGUAUCCCGGUAUUGUAUUGGCCAGACUGCCGGACACUGAGGUCCGUAUUGGCUGUUUUUCUUUCAUAUGGUUCCCAAAGAACUCAGAGAUUUGGAAUAUUGGGUUACAGUGUGGCAAAAUGGCGACUGUCAUUCAGAAUCCGCUGAAAGCGCUUGGUGACCAGUUUUAUAGGGAUGCCAUUGAACACUGUCGCAGCUACAACGCCCGCUUAUGUGCCGAGCGCAGCGUCCGCAUGCCCUUCCUGGAUUCUCAGACGGGUGUAGCUCAGAACAACUGUUACAUCUGGAUGGAGAAACGACACAGAGGGCCAGGUUUGGCAGCAGGUCAGAUGUACACGUACCCAGCACGUUGCUGGAGAAAGAAGCGGCGACUGCACCAGCCACUCGACCCUCAGCUUCGCCUCUGUGAACUCAGACUCGAGGCGGAGUUGAUGGCCAAGAGGGAAGCCCCGCCCACAGAGGCCACAGCCCUCGAGGCACUGCUACGGGGUGAUGGACUCCUGGACAAGAGAAACAACAACGCUAAAGAGGAAGAGACAUUGCUGGAAAUCCAGAGGGUGCUUGAGGCGGACGAAAAUGGGGAUGGUUUCCAUGACGAUGAAGAUUUUGAAGUGGACACACCAAAGAGGAAGCAUCGAAACAAAGGCAGGGGUCGAGGCUCUGGACGCAGGCGAACAGAAGCAGUGGUUAAUGAUGAUCAGGAUAAACCCUACGUGUGUGACAACAGAUACAAACAAAAGCAUAAUUCAAAAACUACUGACUCAGUUUGUGGAAAACGUUACAAAAACCGCCCUGGACUGAGCUACCAUUAUGCCCACACUCACCUUGCUGAAGAGGAGGGAGGAGAAGAACGAGAACCUGAAAUACCCCAAUCUCCUCCUGUCCACCACCCUGAGAACCACAAACCACAGAAAGGGCCUGAUGGUGCGAUCAUCCCCAAUGACUACUGUGAUUUCUGUCUCGGAGACUCGGGCUCUAACAGGAAGACAGGCCAGGCUGAAGGUCUGGUGUCAUGCUCAGACUGUGGCCGCUCUGCUGAACGCGUCGCUGGGGCGAGACCGAAGAGGAGGACGGCCGGAGUCCUGGAUAUGUUCGGCGACACGUCCGAAAGCGAGGCGUCCACCUUUCACGGCUUCGAGGAGGACGACCUGGACGGGCUUCUGUCUGACGAUAGCACAGGCUCACCUCAGUACAGAUAGACAAAUGAGAAACCUCGAGCAGCGAACUUGAAAAAGAAAACACUUUUGGCAUGUGUCUGCUGCCUGUUUUUUGAUUUUUCUUUUUUCUGUUGUUUUGCAGCAGCAUGCAAAAUGGAUUUACAACUUCAGACACUAUGUUAACGUCAGGAAUUGCUUUCGAAAGGACGACUUUCAGCCUUUUAUAAAUGAAGGAAUGUUGUUUUUAUUGCCUCACUCUUCUGUAUACCGAGAGGUGCUAGAUACCGGACAGAGGAGCCAUUUAUUUUGGGCCGUUUUCCGUUAUGGAAAAUUUGCAGGGACAUUACAGUACCAAUGUGUGGACAUCACAUCGCCAUGUAAAAUAGAAACGUGUGGAUGUUAACUUUAGAAAUAGGAAUCAAACCAUUUCAAGUUUCACCUCAAGAUCUUUAAGGAGAAAAUACUCAACAUGUGUCUGUAGGUUGGCUAGUACCGAGGGUUUUUCCUACCUCUGGAUAAAUACAAUUUUGCAACGAAAGGGAUCAUGAGUUUGGCACAUGAGAAUGCAAAGAGAAUGGGCUGAGGCCAGGCCCUGAUUGGAUCCAGAGGAAAGGGUGGACUUUGUUUCAGAGAGGUAAGAGCCAGUUGGCGUUUAAAUGUCCGUCUCUCCUCCUUUCUCAGGACAGCUGCAAAAAAUAAAAACGAAAUUGAAAUUUUCCUGGAGGAUACAUGAUUUUUGGCUUUUCCCUAAUUUUGUUGGCUAAACAAAAGAAUCAAGAUGGACGUGGUCUAUGUUUUUUUAGUAACUUGCCCUGAUCAGGAAAGGUCACCUCAGGUACAAUGAGAGGUACCUCUGUAGCAUAUGUGCAAUGAUUUAAAGGUUAUGAAGAUACAUCUAGGCCAUUUGUGAUGACAAUAGCUUUGAGGAUUGACAACUGUUUAACAAUGCAAAUAUUACACUGGACUGCAAGCACAUACGCUUGAAAAAUGCAGUAUAUGUGAUUUAGAAAAGAACAUACAUGCAAUAAAGGCACAAAACGCAUUAGUCACAGUGACAUCACCCAGUUAAUAUGGGGAUAAUUCAUCUUGUGUGAUCACAAUUGGGUAUAUUUGCUCUUUCGAAGCUCUUCUAUUUAUUGUCAUGGUGAAAUCAUCUGUCUCUUUGCAGAAUCGCAGUUGAAAAAUGUUCAUUUUAAUGCUUCAGAUCUUGUCUCUAUUUCAGGGUGUUCAUAUUUGAAACAAUAAUAUAAUUUAUUAAGAUAUUGUAUAGUGUAUAUAAGCCCACAAAUGGUUGCAGGUUAAAAAGCUGUUGGCUCCUAAUGCUGUUUCUCCCAGUGUUUCGAUGUCUAAACUUUAAGAAAUGUUUCAAUGUUUAACAUUUGAAGUUAGUUUAAGAAGCCAAAGUGCAACAUGGCUAGAGAUGAUGCUUGUAAUUGCUUCUGUGUCAUGCAGACAUAAACUGGCACAAACACAGAAAUCGCUUCAUGCAACCUGUCAUCCAUGCUGUGAUAGCUGCUGAGUGCUGCUACUCCAAAUGUCACCCUGCAAGUCUUUCACUGGAUUUUGUUACAGAAAAACAUUAAACAUUUUACAUUUUA